UUCGUUCGCCUCUAUCCUCGCCAUUUUAGGGAUGACGGUCCUAAGCUCGUGGUACGACGCAUGUGUAACCUCCCAGAUCACGAAACCCCUCGAGAAAUACGUCAUCCAAACAAUUUCCGAAGUAUUUUACUAUUUUGGGUUUAAGUUAUACCCGAGAAAUGACGACAUAAGUGGAGGAAUGGUGAGACUAUCGAUCAGACGGAUUGACGGUGAAAGACACCUUUUCAAAAAAAGCCUUCACGUAAAUCUCACCAUAUUUUAUCAACUACCCGGCGCCGCCAUAUUCGCUGAUGAAAUCGCGUUCGAGCCAAACUCCGGCCACGUGCAGAAUGCCCUCCAUUUUCUCAAAUUAGGUUAUCCCAACGUCACGUGUAACAUAGUCAAAGAAAUCUUUUACAAGGAAAACGUCGUCUGGGAGUUUCUAUAUUUUGGCGGUGAUCGCCUCUCCGCGACGCUGAAAACUUUGAGCUCAAACGGAAUAUUCUUAUUGUACGAGAAGCUCUGGAUAUACGUUGAUCUGGAUCAACGUUAUGCUCGAAUGCACCCGGUAAUUGAAGAUUUAGCUAUUGGGGCAUUUCGAAACCUUUGGGUGGCUUUUCAAUUACUUUUAGUUCUAAUUGGAGGAGCAUGUUUAUGUUUUGUGUUCGAGUUAAGUAUAGUUUACGUCAAACGGAUUCGAGUUUUAGGACAUAUUCAUAUUCCCGAUCAUAUUUCGGGAUGUUUCGUUUAUUUUAUCAUUUUUGGCCAAAUUCUAAGAUUUGGCAAUCAAAUCGACAGAAAAUGA